AAACUACAGAAGUGAACAUGCAUUCGUUUCGGUGCACAGGUUACAGGUCCAUUCACUGCUGCGGAGGUCUAGGCUCAGUCUAGCAACUCGAAAAAGAGAGACGAACGGUAUUGAUUGUCAUCUGUAUCGAGGCAGCCUUGCAAGAUGGUGGCCGGAUAAAAUUACUUUGGAUCUUUCUAGCCCCUGCUCUGCCAGCGCACCACAUAACGACUGACCCCUGAGAUGACCGAAGUGGAGCCGGUAUUGGACUUUGCGUCCUCGACCCGGUCGGGGCGGCGCAAUGCCCUGCCCGACAUCCUGGGCUCUCCAGCGGGGGUCAGCCCCACUGACCUGCCCCUCAAGCUGGCCGAGCUCUCCGUCACAGACGGUCCAGGAGGAGCCCAGUCCCCCACCUCAGAGGAAGCUCCAGCCCCACUGGAGACCUCAGAGGCCAAAGAUGGCUCCUAAACCCUCCCUGCCCCACCACCGGAGGGCGCCAUGCUUCUCUUCACUGGAGGGGUAGUGAAGGUGUAGAGAGGAUGGGGGGAUGAGUUUGGAGGGAGGAAAGAGGGGUGUGACCGACGCCCCAUCAGCUCUACUGUUGGGAGUGAACUGUUGGCUCACGAACCACGUGACCACCUGACACCUGACUGUAGAGGAAUACAUGCCAGUGAGCGUGUGCGUUGCGUCCUUACUUGUGUAUGUGCUGGGUGACCUCACUCACACACACACACAUCCACACACACAAAUUAAGCAAGAGGAACUCGCCUCAGGACUUGAGGCGCUAAGAUCGGAACUUGCUCUUUGUUUUCAAAAAAAAAAAAGCCAAACUCAAACCCCAGUGAUGAGGAAGUUGUGGUAAAUUGUAACAAAUACAUUUGUCAGUGGGACCUUUUUCUUUGUGCCAGGAUUUUUCUAUGGAGGAUUUCGACUGAACUGAUCCAGACUGAUGGUCAUUGCCUUGAAUACGUUUGUAGUGCACACGUACCGAUACUCUUUGCGACACCAGUGCGUUGAAGUGAGUCUAUCAUGUUUGCUUUAGGGGCGGGUUUCCUCUUCAGAGCAUGGUCCUCAGCCGUCGCCAGUGUACUUUUGAGUGUGUGUGUCUUGGAGGAGGUGUUUUUUCCCCAGACUCCUGUGUCGGUCGAGUGAGUUUUCGAAUGAGAUUGGUUGGGUGGGUUGGUGGCUUUUGAUUGUGUCUGCGAAAAAUGAAAGGGAAUAAGAGGAAGGGUUUCCUCUGGGUUUAACUUAACGUGCUUUUCACAGGGAGGAUAAUAUUAUUGUGACAUUCCCAAAAACCCGCCACUGCCAAUCAUGUGAAGUGUGCUUUUGUCAGUUAAACCCUAAUUUAUAUAAACUCAAUGUUAGGAAGUCCAAAUGAAAAGAUGAUGACCUUUUUUUAAGUCAAAAAUGUGCCUGUUUGAAGUUUAAAACAUGAACUGCCAUUGUCGUUUCCAGAAUCUGUACUGCUGUUAAACAGUAUUCUACACCAUCGCACCUGUAUUAUCAAAUGUCACAUCCAUUCGAAAAUGUCAAGAGUGCAAAAUUCUCACAGUCAUCUAGACCUGCUUUGCACUUCUCCAGCAUAUAAUGCCUUCACAUUAAAUGGCACGGCUCGAGAGCAUUCUUCUCACCUUCAGGCUUCUCAGUGGAGCGUCUGCCAGGUCGUCAACAUAUGCAGUUUCAACAGACAUGACGAUGAAAGCAUCACACUGUGUUGAGAUAUUCUCUUUCUCUCACACACACACACACACACACACACACACACACACACACACACAAGCUGACACACUCACACACCCACACACCAUCAGUCUCACAGCAGCUUGUGAGGAUCAUAAUCUGUUUCAAGGAAAAUAACACAUAAUCAAAGCUGUGAAAUGAGUUUAGAUGUGUGUGUGUGUGUGUGUGUGUGUGUGUGUGUGUGUGUGUGUGUGUGUGUGUGUGUGUGUGUGUGUGUGUGUGUGUGUGUGUGUGUGUGUGUGUGUGUGUGUGUGUGUGUGUGUGUGAGAGAGAGAGACUGCUAAAGACUUGGACUAGCAUGCCCUUUCCAAACCAGCAUUCACUCCUCAGAGAUACUGCCAAGGGAAGAAAGGAAACAUUGCCAUACUGACGACGACCGUUAAAAGAAAAUACUGCAGUUGUAUAUAAUGUAAUUACAUUUACACUAAUACCUGCACACAAUGAUAAACACAAACAUAUGUCUAUUUGAUGUGUUUGGGUUGUGUUGGAUUUUCACAUAUUGGAAGAAAGUCUGUCCAAUUAUUUUGUUGACCCAGCGCUGAUUCUGUGUUGUGAUAUUUUAACAACCUAAAAAAAAUUAUCUUCCUUCAAAUUUGAGGUGUCAAAUGUCGGAAUUUGUGGAGAAAAUUUUCCAAGAUGUGUCUUUUAGUGUUCCAGUUUGUAUUGUAUGCAUAUUUUAUUUAAUCUGAUAAAAUGGGAUGGUGAAUUGAAGGCAAGACUAUGCUUGAAUAAACACACAAAGCUUUUGUAACGUC